AGAAAAUAAAAAGUUAAUUUUCCGUGAUUUUUCAGGAAAAAAUCAGUAAAAUAAAUUGUUUAAUUUUCCAUUAAGUGACCAAUCGAUCGAUGUUUCACGUCCGCUCAGUGAUCAAUAGGUUAGUAACCAACGAAAUCAUCCGGUCCAAAGCGGAGUUCUGGCGGCGAUCCACCAUCCACAAUGGCUGUUUACAGAAACGGUUCUUCCAAACGAGUGCCUGCAGUCAGAAGCGGCGGAAAACCGCCGAAGAGAAGAAAGCACCCCGCGUGAUUGAGUUUGCAGCGAAGAAGAAAAACAAAAUCCAAACCAGCGGAGUGGUGGAUGUUUGGCGCAAUAUGACCGUUGCCGAGUUGGCUAAAUCGUGCCAGCUGGAACUGGAGCACAUCCAGGAGGUGAUGCUGUACGUGAAAGGCGCGGGGAACAUCGAUCCGGAGACUCGAUUGGAGGAUCAGAAAAUUAUCAAGGACAUUGUGACCAAGUGUGGGCUGAAGAUGAAAAUUGUGGCCGCUCCAAGUACGGCAAAGGAAGAAAUUAAGGACCGGGAUGUCCUGCCGAGGCCGCCACCGCCAGCGGAGAACUUGAAAGAACGUCCACCGGUGGUGACGGUAAUGGGACAUGUAGACCAUGGCAAGACGACGCUGUUGGAUUCGCUCAGAGGUGCUUCGGUAGCCGCUAGUGAAGCCGGUGGGAUCACGCAACAUAUCGGUGCUUUUACAGUGGAGUUGGAUAAUGGUGAGAAGGUUACCUUUUUGGACACACCGGGUCAUGCUGCUUUCAGUGCCAUGCGAGCUAGGGGAGCCAAUCUGACCGAUAUCAUUGUGCUGGUCGUGGCCGCCGAUGAUGGGGUUAUGGAGCAAACCAAAGAGGUGCUAUCUCUGGCAAAGGAGGCCAAUGUUCCCAUCAUAGUGGCCAUUAAUAAGAUUGACAAGCCGGGAUCCAAUCCGGAUAGAGUGAAGAAGGAACUGGCACAGCACGGGAUAGCGCUGGAAGGUUUCGGAGGAGACACGAUUGCCGUCGGGGUUUCCGCCUUGCAGGGUAUCAAUCUGGAAGAAUUGACCGAAGCAGUCAGCACUCAAGCCACAAUGAUGAGUUUGAAAGGGGAAUAUGCCGGUCCGAUGGAAGGAGUGGUCGUCGAAUCCAAAAUCGAUUCCCGUCGGGGGAAGCUAUCUACUGCAAUUGUCACACGGGGAACCCUCCGGAAAGGAAGCGUGCUGGUUAGUGGCUUAGGGUGGGCAAGGGUGCGAGGGCUUUUCGAUCACGCCGGUCAACCAGUGUCCGAGGUGACCCCCGGAAUGCCUGUGGAAAUCCUCGGUUGGCGAGAACUCCCCUCAGCCGGGGAAUUAAUUCUAGAAGUCGAAUCCGAGAAAGUCGCCCACUCGGUGAUGCGAUGGCGAGAGGCUCAAGCCAUGCAGGAAAAGGCUGAAAGUGAUAAGGAUGCCAUCCUGGUGAAGCAGAUGGAACACGAUGAAAAGUACAAAGCCGAGAGGGAGAAGCAGCGUUUGUCCGGAUUCUACCGGAGGCGAAACAAAGGACCGCGACCGAAGGAAUCUGCUCCGGACGAUCCGACUCCUCGGGUAAAUGUCAUCAUCAAAGGCGAUGUGCAUGGUUCGGUGGAGGCUAUUUUGGAUGUGCUGGAAACGUACGAUGGAAAUGAACACUGCCGCUUGGAUGUCGUCCACUACGGUGUGGGUGAUGUCAGUCAGGGGGAUCUAGAACUGGCACGGCUUUUCAACGCUGUGGUUUACGCAUUUUCCGUUAGCGUUCCAGAGAAGGCAAAGGAUGUGGAAAUCAGACCGGUGAACAUCAUUUACCGGUUGGUGGAUGAUCUCAAGAAGGAAAUUAAUUCCAAACUGCCGCUGGUGGAUGAAGAGGAGACUGUGGGCGAAGCGAACAUUCUGCAGUUGUUCGAUAUCAACGAAGGUCGGAAGAAGCUGACCGUGCUGGGCUGUCGUUGUACGAAGGGUAUGCUCAAGAAGGCUUCCCAGUUCAAGCUGGUUCGCAAUGGAGAGCUCCUAACGACCGAACUGGAACUGGAGUCGAUGAGGCAUCUCAAGAAUGAGGUUGACACGGUCAAGAAGGACGUUGAAUGUGGCCUGCGAUUUGCCGAUCAGGAGAUAGAGGUGAAGGCAGGCGAUACGGUGGUCUGCUAUAAGAUCAAUCAGAUGCCACAGGAGACCGAUUGGGAUCCGGGCUUUUAGGUGUUUGGAGGAGUGUGUAGGAAAUAAAAAAAAAAUUGCU